GUCAUAUCCAGUGGACUGAUAACAUGUCCUCUGGUUGAAGAAAAAGCUAGCAAGGAAGCAAACUGUUUAAUGUUACUCACGAAGUUAAAAGACAGAAAUGUCGCUACAGUCCAGCAAUCAGACCGUUCAGUGUUACAGCCACAGUUGCUGCUGAAGUAGAAAUUUAGAAGAAAUUGUGUUUCUUACAAAGGAAUGAGCGAUACUUAUCAAGGAAGUCGCUCAGCUGGCUAGCGAAAAAGUAGCUAGCUAGGCUGCUAGCUUUCGUUAGCAAGGGAGUUCUUUGUUUUGUUUUUCAGGUGGACGUCCGUGUUAACCUUAUACAGUCUGUGGUGUAAACAUGAAGAGUAACUAGUGUGAACAUUUGCUUUAACAUUUAACGUUUAUGUAGGAGUUUUAUAAUCAUGUACAUUGUAUAUUUUGUACUAGUAGGUACUUGAACUGGUUUCUGGGAUAUUUAGACAAAAUUAGCCACCGAGAGCAACUUUAGCAGCAAAGGUCUGAUUUUUAACGUCGGCCAGGACUAGAGACACGAAGAUAUGGGCAACUGUCUCAAGUCUCCGACAUCAGACGACAUUUCUCUGCUUCAUGAAUCCCAGUCAGACAGGGCGAGUUUCGGUGACGGGACAGAUGCAGACCUGGAGCCACCUCCGCCGUACCAGGAGCAGGCUCACAUGCCCAUGUACCAUCCCACGCCUAGUCAGGCCCGUCUGGCUACCCAGCUGACAGAGGAGGAGCAGGUCCGCAUUGCUCAGCGCAUCGGCCUCAUCCAGCACCUCCCUAAGGGUGUUUAUGAUGGAGGGCAAGACGGCUCAGAGAAAAAGAUCAGAGAAUGUGUGAUCUGUAUGCUGGACUUUGUAUAUGGGGAUCCCAUCCGGUUCCUGCCCUGUAUGCACAUCUACCACAUGGACUGUAUAGACGACUGGCUGAUGAGAUCCUUCACCUGCCCUUCCUGCAUGGAGCCUGUGGAUGCUGCCCUUCUCUCCACCUAUGAGACCAACUAAUUCUAAUCCCUCCUCCCCCAAACUUAGACCAAUCAUGGCCCCUCCAGACCCAAACACACACAUACCCAACAACUGCCCUCUUAUAGAGUGGGAGGAGCUACAAUUUGAGCUAAAUGUGUUUGCUGUUUUCUUGCACUUUGAAAAAUUCAGAUUUAUUCACCUAACGUUGGCCUUCCAUGCCCCCAGGUCUAAAUAAGCUGGUCUUAAACUUAAUUUACAGAAAUUGGUAAAGUGUUUCCAGGUGACCCUUCACAAUUUUCUGUGUGUGUUCGUCAUGCUGAGUGAGCAUGUGGGAUGUGUGUGGGAUGUGUGUGAGCUGUUUGGGCUCCUCGAUGACUGUGCAUUUCCACUUGAGCCGGUCUCAGUGGUGUUCCUCCCUAACUGACACCAGCUCAUCUACAUUCCCAGUUGGUCGUCAUUAAAACGGAUAAUUGGGUUAAGAGUAUUGACCAAAAUGCUGCAAGGUGUUGUUAGAGAAUGGAUUUAAUUUUAGGUUUUCUAUGGCGACAGUAGGCAAAGACUUCCUCAAAAUGGCCCUACACUUUGGAGAUACGGAAAUUCACAACUAUAGUUUACUUUUGGCAUUGGAUAAUAAGAUAUUUCUGUCCAGCUAGCCAGGAUUACAAAAGAAAAUGUGCACAUACGUAACAGAAAUCACCCAAAGUUUACAACUACAAAGAAGAUCAAGGCUACAUGAUAUUUGGCCGCUCCAGAUGGCGAGACAGAAAAUGCUUUGAAUUAAAGGGAAAACUAUGUUGUAUAACUUGAAUGUUUCAUCAGACGGUGUGUAAAGUAGCUGUCAGCCAAUGUAAAGGGCUCAUUUGUGCAUGGGCAGGUGGAUCAGUCAGUCAAAAAUUAGAAAUGCUUGCACACACUUUUCAGCUGAUCCAGAGAUUUGCACUUUACUUAUAGGACAGUAUCUAAACAAUAUAUUAAUAUAUGUACCUUUAUAACCUUGCACUAUCAAUACUUCAUUCCUUUUAUUUCCUGAGAUGCAAAAGUUAUAUCGCUGAUAUUUUCAGAGCUGUCAGUAGUCACUCAUCACGUUAAAGUAAGCCUGACAAUGUAUUUCGUGAAACAUGUGAUUCAGUAGUGAAUCUCUGCUUCUUUCUGCUUGAUAUUUGAUUUUUGUGUGGAAGUGAAGGGACAGAGGCUUGCUCCAGUUUAAAGGAGAAGUUCAACAUUUUGGGAAAUGCAGUUUAUCUGCUUACCUGUCAAGAGUUAAAUGACAAGAUUGAUAAUCAUCCUGAUUCUUUGAGAUGAGUAAGAAGCUGCAACCAGGAGGCGAUUAGCUUAGCGUAAAUCAGGGGGAAACAGCUAGAAUAGCUUCUAAGCUCAAAAAUUGCCUAGCACGAACUCGAGUAAUUUUCGGUUUUACGGGGCGUUAUGUGCUGUUUGACAACAAAUUGUGUCAGCCAUUUAUGUACUUAAAUUAAACAAAUGAGAUAUAAUGUGCUAAGUAAUGAACUGCACAUGUGCUUGUAGGCCAGUUUUUGAACUUUGGACAGAGCCAGGCUAGUCAUUUCCCCCUGCUUCCUGUCGUUAAGUUACGCAAAUUUCCUCCCUCGUCUAGCUUCAUAAUAUUGCAUGAGAGCGGUAUCAAAUUUCUCAACUUUGUCAAGAAAGUGAAGAAACCUUUUAGAGUGGAGGUCCUUCAAGCCCUUUCUUUAUUACACGUCUCAUCUUUUGUUUUGUGCUGCUUUACUUCCAUUCACUGUAGGAUUAGUUACAAUCAUUGGUUUCCUUUUGAUUUGUGGUGUGUUUGGUGAUAGCGUGGCUGUCUAUUUUCCUGUUACCUGUGUUUUAUCUUCUACCUUCACAUUAUAUGUUACAUUUGUGUAAAAAUCCACUGUGUACUUAGGACCGUAAAUAGAUGACACACUGGUUUAAACCCGACUGUACAAACCUCUGUUCCAAUGAAUUUCAGAGUGAGAGAGACUUCUUUUUAUGGUGUGCUAGUUACAACUGAGAUAUCAAGUUUUCCAUCGUGCUUUUCCUUUGCUGUGUUUUUCAGCUUAUGUUUAUUCUGAAGAUUAAUAUUUCCUGUAAUCUUGUUUUCUUUUUUUUUUUUCUUUG